AUGGAAGGAACCGACGAGAGCUUCCCUGAAAGCUUCCGCAAAAUCAACCCUAAAAGCCGCGUCCCCGUCAUCGCUCUCGACGACGAGGUCAUCACGGAAGUCCCAGUUGUCUCGAUGGUUAUCUCCAACCUGGCACCGGAAGCAAACCUCCUGGGCCGAACCCCGAUUGAGACGGCCCGGGUUCAUGAAUGGAUGAAUUAUGUAGCAGGAACGGUUCAUGCGGGGGGCAUUAGCCAUUUCUUCAGGCCGGGACGGUGGACUGUUUCGACUGAGGAGAAGCACUUGGAGAUGAUUAAGAGAAGAGGAUUCGAAAUUAUGCGGAAUUGUUUUGCGUUAAUUGAGGAGAAGUUGGUUGGGGAGUAUGCCGUUGGGAAGAGCUUUACUGCUGCUGAUGUCUUCUUGUAUUUUGCUUAUCGGAUAGGAGUCAGGGCGGAAGUUGAAAUGCAGGCGUAUGCCAAGUUUACUGAGCUGGCGCGGAGGAUUGAGGGGAGGGAGACGGUGCAGACUGUGUUGAGGAAUGAGAGGAUUCAUUCUAUCUUUUGA